AAGAAUGACCUCUUGCUGAAAGUGGCCCUGCUUGUGUGGACAGCAAGCCAUGUGGACAGGUGGUGAGGCGGAGUGUCUGUGGACAGUAAGCCGCUCAUCCUGACCCCAGCUUCCCUGAGCGGCACCAACUCUCUGAGUCCCCCAGUGUGGCGUUUCUACUCAGGAUCUCGGCUGCAGGCUGAUCACAGAUGAGACCCAGUCCUGUCUCCGUCCUGUGGGGUUCUGGGUCUGACGUGGUGGACGGUGGGGAUUUUGUCCCUGCUCGGCUCCCAUGGCCUGGCUUCCCCUGGCGCUCUGAUCUCUGACCUUCAGCCAUCGAUCUUCAUCAGCAAAGGUCCUCGGGCCAGUGGAGGAAGCAGCCACGUCGUCUGCCCGCCUGCUGGGGAUUUGGGCCCCUGGUGCAGCCAGCGGGGCACUCGGAGAAGCCCGGGUCUCACCCUGACCCAUCGAAGCCGCCUGGGACCUGGUUUGUCACACCCCACGUGCAGCUGUGGACCCAUCAGGGCUCCUGACUUCUAGUGUGGCCAGCAUCAUCCUGAGGCAGGCCUGCCUGGAAGGCACCCCAGAGCCUGCUGCAAAGGACUUGUCACCAGGACGUGCCCUGGGAGCUGGGCUCUAGGCGUGCAGACAGGGCUGACCAGCCUGAGCCCGCCUGAGCUCCAGCACUGGACACUGCAGGGCCCAUGCUGACCGUCCUGGGGGUCACUCGGUAUGGCUGCCUCGACGAAGGCCCCUGCGCCGGAGGAGCCCAGGGGGAGAGCACUCCUGUCCUGGGCCUCGUUCUGGGGGCCCCGCAGCGAGAAGCUGGUCCUGAGCAGGGCGGAGGGCGCGCCCGAGGAGGCGGUGCUCACCAUCACCAUCACCGAGAGCACCGCCCUGGAGUCAGACCUGGGCGCCUGGAGCACCCGCGCGCUCGUCUACCUCAGCCUCUGGUUCUUCUUCAGCUUCUGCACCCUCUUCCUCAACAAGUACAUCCUGUCCCUGCUGGAGGGCGAGCCCAGCGUGCUGGGUGCCGUGCAGAUGCUGUCCACCGCCUGCAUCGGCUGCGUGAAGGUCUUCGUGCCCUGCUGCCUGUCUCAGCACAAAGCCCGCCUCUCCUACCCGCCCAACUUCAUCCUGACCAUGUUGUUUGUGGGCCUGAUGAGAUUCGCAACGGUAGUUUUGGGCUUGGUCAGCCUGAAGAACGUGGCGGUUUCCUUUGCUGAGACCGUGAAGAGCUCGGCCCCCAUUUUCACCGUCAUCAUGUCCCGCAUGAUUCUGGGGGAGUACACAGGCUUGCUGGUCAACCUCUCCCUUAUCCCCGUCAUGGGCGGGCUGGCUCUGUGCACUGCCACCGAGAUCAGCUUCAACAUUCUGGGCUUCUCGGCUGCGCUGUCCACCAACAUCAUGGACUGUUUGCAGAAUGUUUUUUCAAAAAAGCUCCUCAGUGGGGACAAGUACCGGUUCUCGGCUGCAGAGCUCCAAUUCUACACCAGCGCCGCGGCUGUGGCCAUGCUCGUCCCUGCCUGGGUCUUCUUCAUGGACUUGCCGGUGAUCGGGAGGAGCGGGAGAAGCGUCAGCUACAGCCAGGACGUGGUGGCGCUGCUGCUGCUGGAUGGUGUCCUGUUCCACCUGCAGAGCGUCACGGCCUACGCGCUCAUGGGCAAGGUCUCGCCGGUGACCUUCAGCGUGGCCAGCACUGCGAAGCACGCCCUGUCCAUCUGGCUCAGCAUCCUCAUCUUUGGCAACAAAGUCACCAGCCUGUCAGCCAUAGGCACCGUCCUGGUGACAGCGGGUGUCCUGCUCUACAACCGAGCCAAGCAGCACCAGCGGGAGGCUAUGCAGAGCCUUGUCACCACCAGCAGCCACUCCGCGGAGGAGGACAGCAAACUGCUGGGCCCCAAGGAUCCCAGGCCUGGGCACCAGUGAGCACAGGUCCAGGCAGGAGCCCCUUCAGUGUGGCAGAGCCUCGCUCAUGGCAGACAGUUGGGUGCCAUCAGACCCUCUGCUCCUUUCUCAGGACUCGGCCCACAGCAGCUGGAACUCACUUCAGGGCCCAAAUGACUGUCUGCAGCAGAUAACCAGUGUUGCUGGGCUGCGUCCCCAAGGGCCAGAGGUCUGAGACAGGCUGUCCUGCAUCCUUGUGACCACGGGGGAUGUCCCCACUGUCCUGGGGAAAAAGCCAACUCCUACUGCUGAGCGAGCUCCGGCAUCCCCACCUUGCCUCGGGCCAGGAUCACCGGUCUAUGGCCCAGGAGGGUGAGGAUGUACCAGGGCAGCCUCUUGGGGCGUGGUGAAUCUCUCAGAAGCUGCCGCAGACCUCUCUCCCCUCAGCUGGCCAAGGUCAGGCUUGCUUCACCCUUCAUGCAGGAGUGUCUGGAAGAGCGUUUCCUCCUGUCUGCUGCUUUUCAGGUGACUUGGGCACAGAUAGGUCUGAAAGUGGGGGUUCAUCCACUUUGAACCACAACCCUACAAGAGGCCCUAACGUGCAGUGGUGUCCUCACCUCAUCCCUGUCGCCGUUUCUCCCAGAAGAGCACCGUUGUCACGUCAGGUCUUUGCAACCCUCCAUCUUGAAUUGAGGACUUGAAUUGAGGACUCCCAUGCGGCCUGAUGCAGUGCACCAGAUGUGUGCGAACACUCAGGCUGAAGGGUCACGAGCCCUGCCUUCCUCAUCUCGGUCCUCACAUCCCUGCUGUCCACUUUGAGGGCUCAAACCUGCUCCUUGGCUUCCCAGUUGGCCUCUCCGCUGGGAAAGACGGCAGUAGUUCCGGGAAACCCAGUGUGUUGGGAACGGAGCAAUAACCAUGGCUUAAAGUCCUGCUUCUUGGAAAAAGUGCCACGAUGAUGGAUUACAGUAAGCCCUGGAACUGCAAACAAGCUUCCUUGGCAGCAAGCCCUGGAUCUGGUCAGUGCCUACAGCCUGCCGCUGCCGUACCCUUCGCUCUGAGGCCCCUGACACUCUGGCUUCUCACCUUUCCCCUCCUUGAUCUAUGGCAGGUCUUGGGUGUGGUGUGGUUCCGUGAGACUCAGAGAAGGGCAACUCUCCACAGGCUGUGGAGCUGGGCUCAGAAGGGAUGUGUGGAGGCCCCCCACACCCAGAUUUUUAGGUCUGUGGGGAUCCCAGGCUUGGCAUGGUGGUGUUCCCCGCCCUUGUACUCUCAAAAGCAUCUUGCAGCUCAUUUGAUUUUCUUGGGGUUUUUUUUUUCUUACUUUUUGGACCAGAAACAAAACUAGGAUUCUUAUAGAAACGUUCUCGGUAAGGCAGCUUUCCUGCAAAACUGCUUUUGAGACUUUUUCUCGCCUGGUGGAAGACCACAGAGCACCUGACCGACUCAGGCCAACAUCCAUCUUUCAGACUUGCUUCCUCUGAGCUGGCCGCUGCUCCGUUUCUGGACAGCCUGGGUAGGGUUGGUCCCCAUGUCCUACGACUCUGUAGACAAUAUACUGUCACACUGCUGCAGACCACACAAGCGUUGACACUGGCUGUCGAACUUGCACUGGCUCAUUUCCUCCUGUGUGUCCUUGUCUGUGCCUUUGUAAACACUUCAACUACAUUUCUGAAUUGGGUCUUCGGAUUCCUAAAGUGAAAACUUAAGGUGGAUGCAGCUCUCAUCAUCAAAGGAUUGCCCAACUAGUAAAUGGUGUUUAAUUUUGUUUAAAAUUCACAUAAUUAGGACUGGAGAGAGAGUUUAGUGGGCAGGGUGCUUUCCUUGCACACAGUGGUCCCAGGUUUGACUCCCACUGGGUUCCCAGGAAUGAUCCCUAAGCACAGGCUGGUAUGGCCCAAAAACAAAACCUGUGCUAAUUUCCUGAAUGUCAGCGUUAAGAAUAGGCAAUGCUAAUAAUGUUUUUUCCUCAGUCCACAAUAUCUGAUAAAGGUAAACGUGGCAGAUUAGAAACUAAAGGAAGAGUCAAGCCAACCACCUUGAGCUCUGCAGCACCAGUGGAGAGGUUCUGAGGUUGCUUCCUGUGUGCUCCCUGUGGGAAGGUACCAAGGCACCGGACCUGGCAUUUCCAGCCUUCUUGCUGGUUCCCUGCCUGGAGUUCAAGCAUGGAGACUUUACACAUCAUCUCUGCCAUGUGCCAAAGGCUUUUUCCUUUUCCCCAUAAUACACUUAUGUGUGUCCAGUCAGGCCGUUCUAAAGCCUGUCCACCCAGGACACAAAUCUGCCCUCUAGUCAGAUUUUAAAACUUGUGGCCCCAAUCUUCCACCCACACCCACAAAAAAAAGUAUAAUUUUGCUUUUUAUAAGCAAGCAUUCCUGCCCAUCCACAAGAUCCUGCGUCUCCUGACAAAGGGUCCAGAACCUGGCAACGGUGGCCACGAGGUGUAUAACUGGGCCCAGAGCACCACAACGGGUUGGACACCGUUUGUCUUUAUAUGAUUUCGUCGGAGGAAUGAACGGUGCUGUGAGCCGAGUCAGCCGGAGGAGGGCCUAAGUGCCCAGCACGGGCAGGUGCAUCGUCCACACUGGGAAGCCUGAAGACUGCCCACAGCCCUGCCUGCUCCUGCCCGAGCGCCAUGCCAGGGCGGUGAGCGCUCUGCACGGUGCCUGCCCCGGGGCCUCUUGUGGCUAGACAGGCAGAGGCCACCUGGGAGCAGUAAUAAACGGAUGCUGUGCUGA